GCUGGGGGAGCCGCGGCCGCCCCCGCGCCCGGGGGUCGUUCCCUCGCAUCCUCCGGGCCGCGGGAGGGCAGAGGCGGCGGCGGCCGGAGCCGGGCCGGGCGGCCUGAGGUGAGAGCCCGGCCGGCCCCGCUGGGAAUAUGGCGACCGGUGGCUACCGGACCGGCGGCAGCGGCGGCAGCACCACCGACUUCCUGGAGGAGUGGAAGGCGAAGCGCGAGAAGAUGCGCGCCAAGCAGAACCCCCCGGGCCCGGCCGCCCCGGGCGGGGGCAGCAGUGACGCGAGCGGGAAGCCCCCGGCGGGGGCUUUGGGCACCUCGGCCGCCGCCGCGGCCAACGAGCUCAACAACAACCUCCCGGGCGGCGCGGCCGCACCUGCCGCCCCCGGCUCCGGGGGCGUGAACUGCGCCGUGGGCCCCGCGGCUCUGCCCCGCUCCGCCCCCGGCCCCCGGCGGCCCGAGGAUGAGCCGCCUCCCACCGCCGCGGCCGCGGUCUCCGCCUCGGGGGCACCGCCGGCCCGGGGCGACGACGAGGAGCGGGACGGCGCCCAGGACAAGGGCAAGAGCUCGGGCCCCAGUGCCAGGAAGGGCAAGGGGCAGAUCGAGAAGAGAAAGCUGCGCGAGAAGCGUCGCUCCACCGGCGUGGUCAACAUCCCCGCGGCAGAGUGCUUAGAUGAAUAUGAAGACGAUGAAGCAGGGCAGAAAGAGCGGAAACGAGAAGACGCAAUUACACAACAGAACACGAUGCAGAAUGAAGCUGCCAGCUUAUUAGAUCCAGGCAGUUCUUAUCUGCUACAAGAGCCAUCUAGAACAGUUUCAGGCAGAUAUAAAAGCACAACUACUGCCUCUGAAGAAGAUGUCUCAAGUAGAUAUCCCCGAACAGAUAGAAGUGGGUUCAGCAGAUAUAAUAGGGAUGCAAAUGCUUCAGGUAAUUUGGUCUCAAGUAGCAUGUUGGAAAAGAAAAUUGAAGAUCUUGAAAAGGAAGUAGUAAGAGAAAGACAAGAAAACUUAAGACUUGUGAGACUAAUGCAAGAUAAAGAGGAAAUGAUUGGAAAACUCAAGGAAGAAAUUGAUUUGUUAAAUAGAGAUCUAGAUGACAUAGAAGAUGAAAAUGAACAACUAAAGCAAGAAAAUAAAACUCUUUUGAAAGUUGUUGGUCAGCUAACAAGUGUACCUGAUUACUAGUGACCGGUGUGUCCUGAUAAGAGAGAACAGGAAGCAUAUCAAAGCAAGAGGUUGUUUAUGUACUGACCUGCUCCUGGAGAACAAGAAGCAUUUUUUCUUGAUUUGGAUAUGUGUACUAUAAGGCAGCAAAACAGAGGAUGGCAAUUCUAGGUGUUAGCACUAGGGAUGAUUUUUUAAUCACGGCAGAAUGCCACAGAGGUAUUUAAAACAUUUUUCCUUUUGAAUUGCACAAGUUGGAAAGUAAUGUUUGUCCUCUGGCCUAAAAAAAGAGUCUUAACUGGAAUGUGGAUAUUUUAUUGUCCAAUUAUAUGUAUAUUAACUUGAAAUUGUACACAGUCUAAUUCCUUUCGUGUUUUUUAGAUAUUGGAUUUUAUACUUGUCUAUUCUUAGAUCUUACAUAUCUGAUUAAUAUCUCUCUAGUAGGACAAUACCUUGCUCAGCUUAAACAUAGGUAAUUGUCAUGUGGCAUUUAUAGAGUAUAAGAAAGUUUAAUCUAUUUUAAUAAAGUUCAGAAGUAGGAACUUUUCUCUCCCAUGAGUGAGAUUAAUGAGAAAAAUUAAGGCGGGCAAUUACGCUUUUUUCAACUAAAAUUAUUUGGGACUUCAGUUUAAAUUGGUGGGGGUUACCAAAGGUAAUAUGGUUUUAAGGAGGUGGUUUUGGAUUUUCUUAACAUCUUAAAAGUGGCCAACUAAGCCACCACACAGAGAAAGAUUGAAAGGAAUUUCAAAAAUAUAUAUUCCCCAUUGAAAAAAAGUAAAAAGCCAUCCCUACAACAGUGAAGUGCUGCUAUAUCUAGAAAUAAAACUAGGACGUCCCUUUUCUCUUCUAGAUUUGCACCCUUUCCGAGGGCAACUCUGGACUCCACUGGUAGGGGAAGCUUUUCCAGGACUGUCCUCUAACGGUACAGAAAUAAUUGGCAUUUGUUGUCUGUGUGCAUUUUCCUUUUGAAAAAGCCCACAGGAGGUUUACAGAUACUUGUUUGAAUAAGUAAAUAAAAGAAACAACGAAGGAGUGAAUGAGAGACCUUGGUUGCUACUUUAGCCUAACCCUGAGUCUUACUUAUUACACGUUUUGUGACUGUUAGGAAGUACUUUACCCAUGGCUUUGUUUCCUUGUCUACAAAGUGGAGUUAAUAACACCUACCACAUAAAGUACUUAAUAAAUGUUUGAGUAUCUGAAUUAAUCACUGGGUCCAGUUCAGAUACACUGACUGAGUCCUGUUUUCUGGGGUCUGGCGAUUUGCCCUUUUAACAAAAUCUGUUGGUGAUUCUUAUGAAUCCAAAGUUUGAACACCACUCAUUUAAACUGUACUAUUUAUUGGGUGGGGUACUACGAUAGAUGCCCAAGGCAGUAUUAAAACGAAUCAAUGGUCUCUGUCUUCAAUAAAUUUACAUACGGUUAAAGGAUAGACAUAAUGUAAAUAAAGCACAGAGGAAGGAGAGAUUAAUCCUCUUAAGGGAUUGGUAAAACUUCUUAAGGAUCUAGCAUUUGUAAGGAUUAAGUAAGAAUUUUAAAAAAUGCCUGGAUCAAUGUGUGUCGCAUGGUAAAUGCGUAACUAUUGGUAUUAUUAUUUCCACAUAUGCUUUGUCUAUAUAGGCCAUUCCUUUCUUCCUAAUCUAUAAGGACUGUGUCUAUAUUUUCAAUAGAUCUCCCCCAUUCAACUUAUGAAUUACUUUGGAUGACUAUACUGCCUUUUCUGAAUGAUUUUCAUGAUUUUUUACUGUUUUUUGACAGGUGUUUUUCUUUCUCUUACUAAAACCACCUUGUGUACUUUCUCAUUUCCAUUUUAUGACCCUAUGAAAAAAUUUUCACGAAAAUGAAAUUUAAUUGCACUCACAUUGUACCUUGUUGUAUAUCCUGAGACUCAUCAUAUGAUUUAAGAAAAUUCGCGUUCUAAACUGUAGAAAAGAAAUCCAUUUAAUUAAUUUCAUUUAGUCAGGUUUUUCUGGCUUGUGGAUUAUUCACAUUCUUUACCUCUGCACUUACAGGUUUCCUUUUAUCUGUUUCUUUGCUUGUUAGGCAUGAAUAGAGAAAGAGAAAGAAGCAGAUCUGGUAAAAAGAUUUCGUAUGUGAACUGAAAGGAACCAAUGGCCAAAAUAAGGCUCAGCUUAGAGAAUUCUGUUGAUAUUAGACAGGGUGUCACAGUCUUUCUGUUAGCAGAGGUGUAGCCUAAUGGUCCUGGCAUGCUUAGGAUAUUGAUCAGAGAUUCUGACCUUUGCUCCUGCUACUAACUUACUGUGUAACUUGUGCAAACCAAUCAGUCUUUUCAUGUAAUAGGGAAAAUGCCUGCAUAAUUUUGGAUUCACCGUCCAAAUGGAUGUCAGGAAAAGGAAUUUAAAGAAUUCACUGAAUGUGAACACAGUAUUCUAGAUAUUAAACAAGAAACCUCAAAAAAUGUACCUUGUCUUUUAAGACAUUACAAGAAAUGAAACUGGAAAUGGACUUUUUUUUCCCUGUACCUUUUCAGAAUUCAUCUACCAGUAGCACCAGCUACCAUAUAAAUAUUUUUGAAUGAUUUUGUACUGCUUAUAAAACUUAAAGGACAAUUUUUAUACCCAUUUAAUAGUGUACAAAAUUGUGGCAUAUAACUUGAGAGACCUGCCCAAAGUUAAUUAGCUAAAUAAUGCUGAAAUGAGAACUAAAAUAGUUUUUCUGAUUUCCUGUUUGCCAAAAUAUUAUGCUUCAACCAAGAAGUGAACAUUUUUGUUCUAUUUAUGGAAGUCUAAUCUGUCUAUAGCCUGCGUUAUCACCUAUUUAAUUUUUGUUUUUAAGCCAAAUGGGGCAGAUGCUAUGUUGUUAAAGCAAAACAAAGAUUUAAAACUAAGAAGGAAUCUUCUAAAUCAUAAAGAGGAAUUCUCUGGGGUGCCUGGGUGGCUCAGUCGGUUAAGUGCCUAACUUCAGCUCAGGUCAUGAUCUCACAGUCUGUGAGUUCAAGCCCCGCAUUGGGCUCUGUGCUGACAGCUCAGAGCCUGGAGCCUGCUUCGGACAUGUGUCUCCCUGUCUCUCUGCCUCUCCCCUGCUCAUGCUCUGUCUCUCUUUCACGCUCUCAAAAAUAAAUAAACAUUAAAAAAAAUUAAAAAAAAAAAGGAAUUCUCAGUUAAAAAUAUAGAAGUUUGUAACAUGAGCUAUAACAGUAUUAGUGAUUUAUCACUAGUAUAAAACCACCUAAAGUUACUAUGUUAUUAGCUCUUAUACUGUUAUCAAACAAAAUUGGCUUUAUCCUUUAGAGGUCAAUCUUGACUUCAAAACGUUUAAAAAAAAAUGUCUAAAAUCCUUUGGAUUAAAAGAAUCCAAAAGCUAUUGGCUGCCAUAAUCAAAAGGGAGGUUUUUAAUUCAGCUUCUAAAUUAUCAAAAGAUAAAAGAUCAAAAGUAAAGCGUAUGGGGUGCCUGGGUGUCUCCAUCAGUUAAGCAUCUGACUCUUGAGGUCGGUUCAGGUCAUGAUGUCACAGUUCAUGAGACUGAGCCCCAUGCUUGGCGUUAUGCUGAUAGCGCCAAGCCUGCUUGGGAUUCUUUCUCUCCCUCUCUCUCUGUCCCUUGCCUGCUUGCAUGCGCUCUCUUUCUGUCUCUCAAAAUAAAUAAACUAUAAAAAUUUUUUCUAAAAAAAAAAAGGUACAGCUUAUGUCCACAGAUUUCACACAUACAGUUCAGGGCAGAAAUUGUCACCAAGGGCACCUGGGUGGCUCAGUUAGUUAAGCAUCUGACUUUGGCUCAAGUCGUGAUCUCAUGGUCCAUGAGUUCAAGCCCCGUGAUGGGCUCUGUGUGGACAGCUGAAAGCCUGGAGCCUGCUUAGGAUUCUGUGUCUCCCUUUCUCUCUGCCCCUCCCUGACUUGCACUCUGUCUUUCUGUCUCUCAAAAAUAAAUAAACGUAAGAAAGAAAGAAAGAAAGAAAGAAAGAAAGAAAGAAAGAAAGAAAG